AUGGGCAAAGAUAUCCAUUCAUAUGUUACAUUUCUUCUUUUAAUAUGCAUCCUACUCUUUUCCUUUGAAACUAUUGAAGCAUCUAAAAGAAUCUUAAGCUUCGAGCUCAUAUAUCGUCACUCUCCUCGGUCCCCAGUUUACAACCCUAACCUCACCGAUUCACAAUGCUUUGAAGAGUCCCUCCGCCUUUCUGAGGAUCGAUUCCUCCAACCAAACAAUGUUGAAUCAAUGCUAGUUGGCCAUGAAAUAACCACUAUUCGCCCCCCUAUCAUCUGCUAUCAAACAUUGUACAUGGUUUUUGUGACGAUUGGCACUGGCAAUGGCACCAUUGGCUAUCACUUAAACCUAGAUACAGGCAGUCAUCUUUCUUGGACCCAAUGCAAGCCAUGCAUCAAUUGCUACGUGCAAAAUGAACCUUACUUCAACCCUCUCCAAUCCCCUUCCUUCGUCGACAUCUCUUGCUCUGACCAGAACCCCUGCCCGCAAAGCUAUUAUCAUUGCAUCAAUAGCUGUUGCCACUACCAUAUCGUCUAUAUUGACGGGUCCCACACAAGUGGCACGCUCUCGAAAGACAACUUUGGCUUCCAUUCAAGCCAUGGUGACCACCUCGAGUUUAUUGAAGGGCUUGUCUUUGGUUGCUCACAUGAUACACAUUUAAUUGGCGACAACCAUGGUUAUCCAUCAGGAUUAAUGGCAUUAGGUUUGGCCGAGGAAUCAUUUGCAAAGCAACUUAUCAAUCAUGGCAGCCAAGGCCGCUUUUCAUACUGUCUUCCACCGAUAGGUUCAAACAGUAUAAGCUUUUUACGAUUCGGAAGCAACAUUGUGCAAAGAGGGUCAGUCCAAACCACACCGAUAGUUCCCAUACAAGGUGUGUUCUUGUAUUUCAUUACCUUAAAUGACAUUAGUAUUGGAAACAAACGACUUGGGUUUGAGCCAGGAAUGUUCGCACGAAAGCCGAAUGGAUCGGGUGGGUUCUAUGUGGACUCCGGCGCAUUCAUCACUCACUUAAUAACCCCAGCUUUUGAACGAGUGAAGAAAGAGCUUAGAGAUCAUUUCCGCCAUAAGAAAUUGGUUGAAGUGGAUCCACAGAGAUACAUGACAGAUCUUAAAAUUUGUUGGCUUUUCCAACCAAGUUAUGAGAGCUUAAUGCCGAGCAUGACAUUGCAUUUACAAGGGGCCCAAAUGCAUAUCAUGUGGCGACAAUUGUUCCUCAUUAGAAGGGAUAAGGGAAUAUUUUGCUUUGCAAUGUUGCCACAGGACAGUUCAAGUGUUCUCGGGGCAUACCAACAAGCAAAUACUCGAUUUACUUUUGAUUUGCUACAAUCACAACUUGCCUUCAAUCCAGAGAAUUGUGAACAUGACUCCCAACCAUGA